UGUGAAACAAGAAAUGUGAAGCAUAGUAGAAAUUGCUUAACCAGGCAAUAAAGAGGAGAGCGUUUCCAAUAACAUUAAAAAGUAAAGCCAGAAAAUAGUGGAACCAGAAACAAAAUACACAACCACCACUUGGAUCAUGAUAAGAAAGAUUCACAGAUUGAAAGCAACAAAAGCGGCACAUGGAGCCAGUCCAGACAUACAUCGUCCAACAAGAUCUGGAACGGAAAUGAAUGAAUCUGUCGUGUUGCGCGCACACGCAUCCGUCGUGUAAUUGCGCACAUUUUUUUAUGAUGGACUGAUCGAUUGACUGAUCGAUGCAGGUUGAUUGACAACCUUUUAACUUCACGGAAGCGGAAUGAAGAGUCGCAACUCAUGCAAAGAUUAUUAGCGAGCAAUCUGUUCAAAAUCAAUCUAAUAGAGCGAAAGAAAACUCCUUAAAAUUCCCUACAAACAAUCAAAGCAUGAGUCUAUGCGGAUAGAAUCGAAAAAGAAAAAGUAAACUCAAAACACCCGCUAAAGGAAACGAGUAAAGUGAUAAGAAAAAAAAAACCCCACACACACACACCCUGUUGGCGAAAGGGCACACACACUGAUACACACGCGCGCGCAUUCGAAUAGACAAAACAGCGCGCAAGAACAAAUCCGCGCGCGCACUCUCGCUUAAGCGCAACGCUGUGUCGUUACAUGUCGCACGUGUGUUAGUGUUUGGCGCGGAAAAGUCCAACCCCGACCGAUCGCACGGGACCGGGUUCGGGAGGAAAUCACAGCAUCCAACCGCUUCACUGUACGAUCGUCCGUCACCGAGGAAGGGCCACACAGCCACGCCAGCUCGCGUCGUGCGAAACAGAGCAGCGCGCGUGCGCGAAACGAAAGCGCGAAGAAAAAAAGGCAAAAGAAGGAGAAGACUACUUAUUUCACGGUAAGAGCAAAGCGGGUGUGAGAGAAAAGCGCCAAAGCGUUGAGAGGGAGGGUUUUUCUUCGCGCGGGUUGAGCUUUUUUCACCGCUCCCUUCCACCCGUUGCUUGGGGUUCGAUGCACGUGCGCUCUCCUUUCGUUUUCCACUGCGCGAGUGCCGCGAUACGUAACACGCUUGGAUGAUUUGAUGUUGUUUUUUUUUCUUCUGCUUUUUGGGUGGUGGAAAAGGUGGAUUGGUUUCCUUGUAAACGGGUGGAGAGGAGGGGGGGGGGGGUGUUAGUGUUACUACGGGCAACAUCAGGCGGGCAGGCCCAGCAAUCGGCGGGUGCUGUGCCGUGUUGUGUUUGAAAGCAGUUUUAGUGUGUUGUUCGGUGUGUGUUCCUUCAGAUUCCAGCGCGUUCGGUACGUGGUUUGGCGUUCCCUGAACAACGGUUAUUUUGGUGACGUUUCUGUCCUUCCGUGACGUGUCGUCCUUUAAUUUGAGCUCAUUUGCAUCACCCUCCGAGGAGAAGAAUCAAAGUUCAACCACCAAACAGUUAUUCUUGUUCACUUGUUAUUCUGGUGGGCAUGUGCGGCUAAAGGCCUGUGCUUUUUUCUUGCUCGUGUGUGGUUCGUGGUCACUAGAAGGGAACCCGUGAACCGUGUGAAUGGGUGAAGAAUUAAAGUGCAAAUGACAAGCAAUACUGAAACGACAGCUGUUUGCAAUCCCAGCUAGCAGUUUGUUCACACAUUUGCUGCGAAACAUAAGCAAAUCUUCCCAUCGUGCACCCAAACGUACCUACACUACGAGAAAUUCGCAAAACGGCGUAUAAAACGGGGUGGCUCGGCAGGCGGCCCGUUUCCAAUUGAUUUAUAAGUCCAUAAAUUAAAAGUGAAACUUUCCGACCCAGCACAGAGAGGGGGACCAGCGAUCUGUAUUGUGCGUGUGUGUGCGUGUAUGUGUGUGUUUGUUUGUAAGUGAUCCAUUUGCCAGCACUCCCCCCUUGCAGCAGGCAUUAUUGAUCGGCAGCGCCUGCUGCUCUUGUUCAUUGGUGUUCGAUCGAACUGGGCUGGGCACACCCCGCCAGUGAUCCGUUUGAUUUGUGGGGUGAAUUUCCCACCCCCCUCAAAGAAAGGGAGUGAAUACAGUGCGCGGGAAGUGUCAUUGCGUGCGCCCCAAAGUGAACCAAAGUGCAGUGAAGCAGCAGGUGUGUCGUGUGUUGUGUGGUGCGUGUUCGAGUCGCGAUCGGAGAAGGACCUUCGAGUCGACGCGCACGUGUGCCGUGCCGUCAUCAAUAAAUCGAAACCGUUUUCGGACGGAAAACGGAAAAGAAACACCCGUCGAGCGGGAGUGAGCGGGGACGACGCAUUUCGGUGUGAUUUUCAUCGUAGUGGUAUUUUUUUCUUCUUGUACCGGCGUCCUUCAGCACAAGAGCACAGGAUGGCCUUCUUCAAGAGCAUCUGGAAAAAUAGCUCCAAGCACAAGAAGUUGUGCGAGGAGCUUGCAUUAGCGAACAGUAUUCGAGAUUUUUCCGAAAAUCACGACGAACUGGAGGACGGUUCGAACGAAGCCAUCAGCUACAGCGUGAAGUACCUCGGCAACACACCCGUCCCUACUCCGCGGUCCGAGAAUGCUACGGCGGAAGCGGUCAAGAGCAUCAUAACAGCCGCCAAGGGUAACAAGAAGCUGCAGCGCGUCUCACUGUCGAUCUCACCGAAGGGCAUCGAGAUGAUCGACACCGGUACCGGCGAAACGCUGCUCCAGGUGUCGAUCUACCAGAUCUCGUACUGCUCGGCCGACGCCAACCACGAUCACGUGUUUGCGUUCGUCGGCUGCACGCUCGGCUCGGAGGCGGAGGUGAAGGAGAUGUGCUUCCGGCGCACGGCGGAGGAGAUCAACCUCGAGGGACCGCUCGUGUGCCAUGCCUUCCUGUGCCAGAAGCGCAAGAUGGCGCAAACCGUCACGCUGACGGUGGCGCGCAGCUUCGAGCGUGCGUUCCAGAUCUGGCAGAGCAAGCAGUUCCACGCGGAACGCAAGCGCAAGGAGCUGGAGGAGCGCAUGGAGCGGGAACUGCGCGGUAGCCAGGAACUGGUGCGUAAAGCUGUAUCGAGCGAAUCGAACAGCAGUGGCGGGCAGCAGCGGGAUGAGAGCGAAUGUCGCAGCUUGCUGAUCGAUUUUAACUCCGAGCUGACGGAGAUCUGCUCCGACGCUCACCAUCAUCGGGAGCUUCUGCAGAACACUUGGGUAUCAUUUGAAGAUGAUCAAAAGCCACAAGAGUUUCUCGCGGUGCCAACACUAUCUUCCAACUCCGGCUGGAGCGGGAUGGCCAUCUGCUCAAACUGAGCAACCAGCGCCAACAACAACAGCAACAGAAUAGAAUUAGAAUCAUCAUGCUAAGCUUCAUGUUGCGUUUGCGUUUUGGAUGGGAGUUUGGAGCGAUCAGUUUACAAAUGCUUUGAGAGUUUUUUUUUUAAUAUUAUUUUCGAAUUUUGUCUUCUUCAGUCGUCAAACAACACAACGAGUACGAUUUAGAUUAAGAGUGCUACUAAGCUAUCGCAUACAUUGGGGUUUAGUCAUUAUUUGGGUCAUAUUCAAGUCAUACUUAUGGUAAUGUUUUGUUUACAAUUCUCCUUUUUUUAAAGAAAGCGCCCUCUGUGUCCCGAUUGUCUCAUAUUUGCAUUAGUUUGUGAUAUUUUAAAUAAAAAAUGACAGUUCAAACUAAA